UCCUCCUAGGGUGUACUCAAAACGCUCCUUUCCGAAGCAGCGGAUGAAAUAACUCACAUCUGUCGUUCGAAACAGAAGCCAAACCAAAUGUUUCAGUUCAACGUGCAGUCAAUGCCGAAUCAAAAUUAAUCUGGGAAGAGAAAUGUCAAACCUUGUUCCUUCUUCAUCGUUCAUCGUUCUGGAAUAUAGAUCGAGUCGCAUGCCAGUGCAACUUGCCACCAAACAGCGCUCUUUCCGCGCAGAUCAACAGUUCACUAUUUUCCUAUCUCACUCCUGCGUAACUUCACAAUACAUUCGAAGGUCAGAAGAAUCGAGAGGCAAAGUCUCGCCACGGUUUGGCCACGCUGUGAGAAAAAGGAUGACUAUGGCCGAGGAUGGAGCUUGGACGAAAGCUUUGUCGUGUCCGCUCACGUGGGAUACCCCUGAGAUGACCUGCAUGUCGCUGCCCCUCAGCACUGCCGGUGGAGUGGCCGACGAACUGGACUCACUGCCAACGCCCUGGCACCGCCUAGUGGACAUGAUUACCCUGGCCUACUCGUACCUGACCGAGGGAAGGGAAACUGACGGCGUCGCACUCCUCAGGAACUGUUAUAUGAUGCUGUUGCCUCAGCCCUUCUGUCAGCAUGACUGUGCUAUCAUCGGGGAAUACCGCAUGGCUUUACGGCACAUCCUAGAUUCGUUCUGGGCAAUGGUUGAGUGGCACCGAGCCCCGUCGACUACUGCCCUUUUGAGAGACUUCGUGAAAACGAUUACGCCCUUCAACGAGCUGAGCCCCGCCCUGCAGGCCGCGAUCCACGCCGUCCGCGGCGCAGUCAGCCGGCUGCAGCGCGAAAUCUCUCUCGCCUGCGUGGCGCGGAGCCUCGAGCUCAACGACCGGGAGGGGGAGUGGCACUCCAUGGGCGGCAGGCUCGCCGCGACCUGGGCGGUCAAGGUGCAGCACUUGAGGACGGCCCACCGGCUGCGGCCGGGGCCGCACACCGGGCUCGCCCUGGCCACGGAGCUGGCCAUGAAGCCCAAGGGCAGGGCCGAGGCGCGGCAGCUCCUGGAGGAGGCCUUGCGACGCUACCCCGACCACCCGCACGUGCUCACCAACGCCGGCGACGUCCUCAUCCAGAUUCGCGGCCUGACGAAGACUACCGUGGCCGAGGCAGAGCGACUUCUCGGCCGCUGCAAGGCCAUCACUGGAGACAAGAGUUACCUGCACCUCAGGCUGGCUGGCUUGUGCCGACGGCAGGGUGGACGCAGCGAGGAGGCGACGCGACACUACGAGGAGGCCAUUCGCCUCAACCCGGCCGACGCGGCGAUGAUCCGCCUGUACCACCUGCCCAACUCGCCGUGCGACACGUGCGGCCGCGUCUGCAGCGACGGCAACGAGGGCGGCGAGAUCCGGUGCCACCACGAGCGGCUCGCGCGCGUCUACCAGCACACCCUCACCUCCAACACUUAUGCUUGAACGUCUUUGAAGUUACUUGUGCGAAUUAAAGUUUGAAAGAACACUGUUGAACAA